AUGGGUUCAGGAACAGUUGAUAUUGUCAUACAGUUGAAUAAUACAGAUGGAUACAAAUAUAAACCAUUAGAUGUUAUUCGUGGACGAGUUAAUUUGAAAGUUCACAAAGAGAUCAGUGUUAAGGAAGUCACAGUUAAAUUCGCUGGUAUUUCAAGAUCAGAAUUUCAAGUAAAUGAAAGAAGAAGAACUGCAAAUGGGAAUACUCAAAACCGAAAAGUCACCAAGACAGAAUUUCAUACUGUUGCUUAUGAUGAAGGAAUCAUUUUCCCACCUCCAAAUGUGAGGAAUGUUAGUAAUAGUAAAGAGUUUACAUUAACACCGGGUGAAUAUGUUUAUGAUUUUGCUUUUAAAAUUCCAUUGAGGAACGUAUGUUACCUCACAAAUACUGGAGGGCGAGGUGUUACUCAUGGUGAUACAAGGUUACCUCCUUCAAUGGGUAUUACAGGUAUUGGUAAUAUCAAUUAUCAGGUCCGAGUUACAGUAAAGAGAGCUUCAUGGUUCAAAUCAAAUCCUCAAGAACACAAGAAUCCAAUGGUGACAAGUUUUGAUCCAAUUGAUGAUAUAAUUUCACAUACACAUCCAUUCUUCUUGAGAAAUUCCAUUGUUUUUUCAGAUAAAAUACACAAGAGAAUUGCGUUAACUGAGAAACCAACAGGUCCAGAAUCUUAUGAAAUACCAAUUAAAGAAUCAGCUCGUAAAAAAUCAUCCCAUUUUAUUAAAUCAUUAUUUGGAAACAAAGGACCACCACCAAAAUUUGCUCAAGAAUAUGAUGUACCGUUUGUAUUUGAAGUUAGAUGUUCAACCCCGUUUUUGAGAAUCGGCAGAGUACCCCAAUUAAAAAUAUUUCUUACAUCCAAACAUGGACCUGAGAGAUAUAGAGGUAUUGACAAUCAAACAUCUGGAUUGGGUCAGUUUAUACUGGAAGAUUUUGGAAUAUAUUUGAUUGGUACAUAUAGUGUCAUUGCUGAAGGUCGUUCAGUACAGGAGCAGAGAAUAUAUAGAUUAAAUCACAAAAGAGAUCUUUCAAUGGAGUUAGAUUUGGCAAAUUUAGAACCAAACCCACUACACGGAACCACUGCAGAUUCAAAUCCUUUUCAAUUGGAGCUCCCAUUCUCCCUUUAUGGAGAUGCAGUUGUGCUUGAUGUUGUGAAACCAACAUUCGAUACAUGUAAUAUCAAAGUUGAUUAUAAGUUAAACAUAUGGGCUAAAUUUUUAGAAGAAAAGAAGAGUUGGGGUAGUAAAAAACUUGAAUUUUUAACACCAGUGACUGUAUUAACUGGUGUUCCAGCUCCACAAGAAUAUAUUCAAAUGAUGCAGAUACCUCCUCAGUUGGCACAACAGGUAUUAGAAACUUACCCACCAGAAGCUUUUAGACAGCCAGAUGAUUUCACUCCAUUAUAUGAUGAUACUACAGCUGCUCCUAUUAGCCUGAAUGUUGAAGAGCCAGAACCAGCUAAACAAAAUGAAAAACAAAAUCUUACUGAACAAUAUUCUCCAGCUCAACAUCCAGAACCAGCUAAACAGAAUGAGAAACAAAAGCUUGCUGAACAUUAUUCUCAAGCUCAAAACGCAGAAGAAAUCUUACCAACUUAUGGAUCAGCUACCAAAGAGCAGUAA